AUGGCUCCCGUCCCGGAGGCUUAUUUCCCGUCCCUGGACAAGUGCUUCUCCGGGGAUGUCCAGCUCUUGUCCUGGAAGAGGGCUUUUACCUACACUCUUGAUCAGGAGGAUCAUCCUGACAAUGAGGGCAAUAUCGAUGCCUUCCUUACACACCCCGAGAGCGUUCGCAUACUUUCCGACAGUUUGAAACCAUUCCCUCCUCCCUCCGCGAAAUCAAAAUCCGAAUUUGAGUCGAAAACUGCUGCCAUCCACGUCGAGACCAAUGGCAAGAACUCCUUUGAUCUCAAGGAGCUCAAAGCCGAUGCCUUGUGGUUAAGUCAGCAGGCCGGCAUUGAUGAGAUCGCUGCUCUUCGAAUCGCUGUAUUGGAAUGGCAACAUCGCCCGGCAACCCGCCUCGCAUCAGGCUUCUCUGCCGAGGAAACAACGAGUCUACAGAGCGCGGCUGGGGCCGAGAACUUCCAGGGUUCACUCGCGGGUUCCAGCUUAGCUGGCAUUCUGAACCAACCCGCUAGAAGUGGAGUAUCUGCGUCCUUUGACAAAGAGGAAAACAGACGACUACGCAUUCGUGAGGUGUAUCUCUCCGAAGCAAGCCAUAUUGUGAAGACUUUCCGCAAGCUACUUGCCUUAUCCCAGCAUGACAGCCCUGAAAACAACUCCGUUUCUUCGACUAUUCGGGAACGAAAGAUUACCCUGCAGAAGCUCGGAUCCACGAUUUUCAAGAGCAAGUCUAAUGGCGCUGGACUGGAUCGAUUCCUACAAGACUGCAUUGACUCAAUACGGAGUCGAUUGACAUGCUUAGAAGGAAAUGGUGGUUGGCUCAGUGCCACCGAAAGCAGUGAGGACUUGGAGAAUCUUUGGAGAACAACUCUUGUGGAAGAGAUUGUCCAUGUGAUGCAACUCGUAUUCCAUCAAAUCCAAAGCUCCGAAGAAAUUCCGACUUCAUUUAUGCUGGAUUCCUGGCUCGAACUCAUGUCCGAUUACAGCUUCAUGGAAACAAUCCAAGUGCAUUGCGAACAUCCAACAGAGGUCCUGUUUCCUCUUCAGGCACUCGCAUCACUUAUCACAUUGGCAUUUUUGAAGCUCCCACACGUGAUCUCCUCAAUCAAAGAUGGCACGCAUCUUAAAUCUGCCAACAAGCCCUACUUCCUGUGUAAAGAGAAGAUCUCAAAGAUUACUGAGGUGUUUACCACCUUAGGAAGUGAGAUCACCACCGCAACUCCAGCGGCGUUCUCUUGGGGAUUGGUUCUAUAUACCAUGCAACAGCUGGCAGAUUCUGCGAGGGACGGGCGAGAAGAGCGACAGAGGAUCUCUGCCGAGAGGUCGUUCAACACCAACACUGAAAACACAGACCUUUCUUCUGUAUCCGAACAGACAAUCUAUGAAGAAGUUCUUGAUUGUGCUCAAACCCCACAGGAUACCGCCGAGAGCGCCAUUGUCAUUCUUACAUCUGAAGCGCUCAAAGAAUCGGCUUUCCGCACCGUCUCCAUCCUUGCUAGCAAAGCUGGGUCUAUGUCAGCAGUCGAUGAUGCUCUGACGAGUAGGUGGAUCCGUUUGUCGCUCCUUGACCUUGUCCGCGUCUCUACGCUAUUCUUAGAUUACUCUCCCGAGAUUCUAGAGGCGGUUCUAAACAUUCUGGGCGACAGUGAUGACCAUUUGUCAAACAAUGUCGAUUCCUUAGGGCCUGAGACCGACCCCAAAUUCUCAUUUGCACAGGACCAGGAUCUGAUGGGCACUAUAUUCCAUGUUGCACGAUCUCGUUUCCCCUAUGAAACCUCCCCAUUCCUUCAACUCUGCCGUGCCCUUAUCAGCCAACACUAUUUGACUGAUGAUGGCCUUCCAUCUAUCAUUGAAGAGCUAGAGGACAUGCAAUCAUUCACUCAGGUCGUACCAACCCAUUUCCAGGGCUACGACACGAUUCGAGAGGAUGAGAAUGCGGACUAUGUGGCCCUGCUGCAACCCCUUCAUAUGUUCGAGACCUCUUCGCGGCACCGUCUUCCCGAAAACACCGCCAGCAAUGCUCUUGUUGUCAGUGGAUCCUCUCAAAUUCCUCAGCAAACCGUUGGCCAAGUUGUCUCCGAAUCAAGACCGGCUGUCAUUAAAUGGGAGCACCAGUAUUCUUGCUUAAGCUUCUUGGGAAGUUGGCUCGAAGAAUGGAGCGAAAGCGGAGCGCAGUCUCCCGAAUGGACUGAAGACACUGCCACAGACAUCAUUGCCCUCUUUACGGACUUGAUUGCGAACUCGAAGACACGAAGCUCUGAAGAGGCAUGUGGCAAACGGAUUCUAGAAAUGGCAAGUGAUGGGUUGUCCAAACAGGGGGACAUCAUCUCUGUUGUCUUUGACAUCUUUGAGCGCAACCUGCAAACUAUCGGCACCCGCGGCGACAUUGGCAAUUCUUUAAAUUCGACUAUGGAAUGCUUGCGAUUCAUCAAGGCACUCCUCAAAGUACUCCCCAGUCGUGUCUGGCCUUUCCUCGGGCGCAGUAGCUUCAUUGGAUCCGACGGCAAGGGUGGGGUCAUGGCUGCAAUCAUAUCUGCUAUCGAGAUCCCUGCGGGUCAGUACCCCUUCUUGUUGAGUUGUGUUGAGUUCGUUGAUGCUGUCAUCGACGAUGCGGCAUCUCGUGCCGUGCUACGGAGAUCUCCUGGCAGUGCAGGCAGCAAGUCGACCAUUGCGUCUGAUUGGAGCGCUGGAAUUCCCUCUCAUGUCAUGCGGACUAUCCUGUUUAACUUCACUCGUACGACGGUGGAAAUAUUCAACAGCAAUGGGAAUUGGAGGUUCAACAUGCCGGAGCAGCGCUUUAAGAUCAACUCGAUGCUUGCCAGAUCUUUUGAGCGGGUGCUUUAUUACGCCUACGGAAUCAACGAUAGCUCAAAGAUUGAGGCGAAAAUCACUGGGGUGUUUUCAACAUCUGCGGCAUACAUACUAGAGAUGCUUCGCCCUCAGUCAACGGCUGACUUGCCCUUCAACCCAAUAUUCCGACUUAUUGCCGACGGUCUUCAGACACCCUCUACACUCCACCUCCGAUACCUCACUCUCGUCGAAGACCAGGUUAAGUCCACAUUGCAACUUUGUAUUAAACUCAUACAAGCGGCUCACCUGGCAGAGCUUCCUGGCUCGCUUUUGGAAGAGCAGUUGUUCAAAGCAAGCCCGGUGCUCGUCAAACUCUACGCAUCCCAUGAUGCAUACAGGCUGUCAGUUGUCUCCCUGCUCGAGAUCUUGAUCUCCAGUGCUGCGUCGAACGCAGAUAAUGAGCCUCCCUCUCUUGUCGGUCACCUUGGAGCAGAAUCGUCCUGUCUCUUCCUUGAUGUCCUGUCACAACUUGAUAGGCCGUUGUGCGAUCAAUCUUUAGUUAUCGCAGUAUGGCAGCUACUAUCCACUUUUGUCAGCAAGCGCCAGCAAUGGCUUGCCGUGUUCAUUCUCACGGGCUCGUCGCCACGUCAAACUCUCAAGAAAGAGUCCGGCGCAAGCGGCCUCAGCAUGAGAAGUGUUCCUUUCUUGGAAAUGGCGCUUGAGAAGCUUUCCCAUAUCGAUCAAGAACAGCCUCAGGUGGCCUUGGCAUUGCUCGAGUUCGUUUCUCGCGCUCAAGAAAACUGGCCAUGGGCCACUCCUCAUCUCAGCAAGCACCCUCACUUCUUUACCAGCAUCAUCAAUCAUGUGUCCAAGUUGAAAAUCCCUUCCCUGCCCCUGAUGGAUCAAAUUUACGCUACACGCAUUGCUGCGGUUGUCGCAGAUUUGUGUGCUGUUUAUCUUCACUCUGCAAAGGAAAUGGGUGACCGAAGCUUUGUCAAGACUUUAAUCCCGCUGGUAUCAUGGUAUUCCAAGGACGCUGUGGAAGUUUCAGCUUACAACUCCUCCUUGCAUGCCAACUUGAAGAAGAAUUUCGAAAAUCGUUAUUCAGGAUGCAAGAUCGUCGACUUCAAGAGAACUCCUCUCGAAACUCGCUCACUUGGACGGCAUUAUUACUACGAUUUGGGCAUGGGAGACAAGCUUCUUUCCUACGACUUUGCCUGGGCGGGUGCUAAAAACCGAGGCUUUGCUGAGGAAUUCGAGCGUGCUAACAUUAAUCUGUCUCUUGUCGAGGCUCAAGUUGGUCUCUUGAACAGCUGGAAGUUCUUUGCAAUUGAACAUUGCGCGGACUUCAUGCCUGAUACCGAAGUUCGAAAGUCUAUGGCACUGGUCGCCCAGAGCUGCUUGAAGGCCAACAUCAGCAGCGGUCCUCCGGAGGCCAUCUUCGAGCGGAUCCAACAAGCGCGUAUCGAUUUCGCCCAGGCGCUCCUCCAACGACUUGUUGAAGUUAAUGCUAGAGGUGCCGAAGUUUUCCAGCUGCUCGAAAUCACCUGGAAAGCACUGCGCGCUCGCCAUAUGACUUAUGAAGAUGCCCUGAUCAAUGACGACACCGAAUACUUCCGCUCCCUCCUGAACGUUCUGUUCCUAUCCCUUCAAUUCCACAUGGACGGUCCUUCCCGAAGCGCCCCCGAAGCCAUCAAUAAGAGAGCCGAGAUUUCAUCGGACUUGACUGUCGUCGUGGAAGUCGUCAAGACGAUCGUGGCUCAAGGUUUCAAAUCCCUCACUACCUAUCUGCAUGAUGAGCCAGAUAAGUGCACGCCGAAAGAUUUCGCUAUUAUCAUUGCCAUCCUACAGACAGCUUUACAGGUGAAAAAUGCCGAUCGUCUGUUUGAGCAUAUCGUGUACCACAUUGAGGAGAAUGAGACCGCUCGCCACGCCACCACACUCUUCUCCUGGGCAGAUCAAUUAGCUGUGGGCGGCGAUCCUGUGUAUGCCGAGCUCAGCGUUUCAAUUCUUGUCAAGAUGUCUAGUCUUCCUUUGCUCGCCGAGCACCUCGCUGUUGAGGCCGUAUUGGUGAAGCUAUCUACCUGCCGCCUGACCAAUAUUCUCACGCAACCCAAAUCCUUCGGCCCAUUCGACCCCGUCCCUCGAUUGUACGCCAUCUGGACCGGAGGAUUCCUUCCUCUGUGCCUCAACAUGCUCUACAGUGUCAUGCGAGCCGCGCCCGAGGUGGCAGCUUUCAUCAACCAAUUCGAAAGCCGCCUGAUCCGAGCCCAAGAGGCUUUCUCCGGUCAUGCGACCGCCGCGCCCUCUGCACCAAAUUCCAAAUGGAUCAGCCUCAGCUUGGUCUCAGAGGCCUACUCGCUGGCUCUGAUCACCUUCAUUCUUGGCCGCUUCCGUGAAGCCGGUGCCAGUGCUGGUUUUGAUGCCAAUUCCAUUCAGGAUAUCAAAUGGGACAAAGUACAGGUCAAGGAAGACAUUGAGGAGCUUCUUCGUCGCCGCCCUGCACUGCGCGCCCGCAUUGUUGCGACUAGUGAGAAGGAGGUGGAAUGGUCUCGCCAGAAACCACUCAGCUCCACCUCGGGUGCCGAAAACCGAUUGGAGGAGAAGGUUGUCCAUGAGAUGAAGUCGGCAAUCGCCUGUCUUGGUGGUGAGGAAUCAUGA